AGCGGCUCCAGUCGCCCUGCAACGCCUCCACAGCCACUCAGGAUCCUCCCCCAGCUGGCCCAGGAGUCACGGACAACCUGCACAGCCAAAUCUCAACCAGAGCCGUGACGUGGUAGGAAGUGAGCUCUCUGUUUUCAAGAGCAACCAAAUAGGACAACCAUGGAGGAGCAUCAAUACUCAGGAUUCUCCGACUAUACCAGAAAGCGAUGCUGCAACCGGGACACACGGCUGGCGCUCGUGGGCCUGCUCACCACCGCCCUGUGGGCUGGGCUGCUGGCGCUGCUGCUUCUAUGGCACUGGGAUACUCUAAGGAGUAUAAAACAGCUGGAAGAAUCUGUGACCCGCAAUGUCUCCCAGGUUUCCAAGGAUCUGCAAAGGUACCAGGGCGAACGGGCGGCCCAGAGAUCUGAUGCCUCCGAGGUGCUGCGAGUGAUGCAGAGGCUCCGAGCUGAGCAGAAUAUAACGCCUCAGGACUCCAAGCUCUCCCACAACCUGGACCGACUUCAAGAGGAUCUGAGCAACUUCAAGUCACAGACCUCCGACGUGCUGCGAGUGGUGCAGGAGCUCCGAGCUGAGCAAAAGAAUAUAACACCUCAGAACUCCAGGCUCUCCCACAACCUGGACCGACUUCAAGAGGAUCUGAGCAACUUCAAGUCACAGAGCUUGAAUGAGAAGCGCACAGCCUCGGAUUUGCUGAAGCAACUGCAGGAGGAAGUGGCGAAGCUCUGGAUGAAGAUGCACGUGGCAGACGGUUCCUCGUGCAACACGUGCCCGGAGAACUGGAUCUCCUUCCAACACAAGUGCUAUUACUUCGGAGAGGAAUCCAAGCAGUGGGUCCAAGCCCGGUUCGCCUGCGACCACCUGCAGGGACGGCUGGUCAGCAUCCAUAGCCAGGAGGAGCAGGACUUCCUGACCCAACGCGUCAGCAUGAGGGGUUCCUGGAUUGGCUUACGCGAUCUCGACAGGGAGGGGGAGUUCAUUUGGAUGGAUGGGAGACCACUGGAUUAUAGCAACUGGUCCCCCGGGGAGCCCAAUAACGGAGGCCAGGGUGAGGACUGCGUGAUGAUGCUGGGAUCCGGGCACUGGAACGACGCCUUUUGCCGCAGCCGCCUGGACGCCUGGGUGUGUGAGCGCCUGGCCACCUGUGGGCCGCCCACCGCUGCCGUUGCUACCGUGGCCACCUCUCAGCCACUCCAGGCCACAGAGCCCCGCUAAAAACAGUGGCAUUCUGAGGGCUGCCCCGCUCCUCCACCCAGCC